AUACUGCUGAGAGGCGUGAAGACAAAGAGGGGCGUGUACUAUGCGUGUGUAAACCCUGCCUCUCAAAUAAGUUUAGGUCGGUGGGGAGUGAGAAGCAGAGACAAAGAACAAGACUUCAAAAUAGCAAGUUGGAUUUACAGGCUGCACCCUGCAACACACACGUUUUUACCUACCUAUCCGGGCUCUAUUGUGGCAUCGGAGGAGAGAUAGCUGCCUGCAGGCAGGAUGAAGUUGGCAUUGUCGUUUUGCAUUCUGCAUUUUGCCUUAGUCUGUGCUGGACUCUUCAACCGCAAUGACCUCCAAGCGGCCCACAGCAAUUUGUCAGGCAGCAGGGCCCAAACCCCUCAGAGCACAGGAUAUUUGAACCAAAACAGACAGAGACCAUUGUUUGCAAGGAGAAGACAGUAUGAACGACAAAGGAUUCAUGUGCAGAAACCCAAACCUAUUCUUCCAAAUAUUGAACCUCUUCCUUCUAAACCAGCACCUAAACCUGCCAAUCCCAACUGCUCCCAGCUUACACAAAGCUGUUCGCCCCAGUCUGGCUGCUGUGACCCAUGUUCUUCAUGCCACUGCCGCUUCUUCAAUGCAAUCUGCUUCUGCCGGAAGACAAACUCGUUAUGUGAGAAGAAAACAUAAAGAACACCGGCACACCGAAACCAAGAUACAGAAAUUCAACACAAAAUGAACACAGAUGCCAUCAGUCAUGCGGCCACUAUUGUAUUAUAGCCGUUUAUUCAACAAACAGAUUGAUGCACCAUAUGGAUGGGACAAUGGACAUCAUCUCAAAAAAACAGCCUCUUAAGACAGUAAAUGGUCAUUUGAAGGCGUUUAAACAUACCUCUUGUGAAAAGCAGCAUUUUCCUCUUGGAAAAUGAAUGCAUUUUAGUGUAAUGCAAAUACAU